CACAGAGACCAAAACCCACUGAGAAAAAUAAGAGUCUAAAUAAGGAUCAGGACCGAAAAAAAAGGAAUUGUGAAAAAUGGAAGACGAUUACACAGACACAGAAGAAGAAAACGCAGAAGAUGAUGAUGAAAAGAAAGUCGAAACAGAGGAGAAAGACAUCUCUUCUGUCAUAGUGCCCACAAUUAACCUUCGGGAGGAGCGGCUUGUGGAUUUAGCUGAAACGCCAGCUUUCAUCUGUCUGAAUGAGUUGUAUUCCCUGGGGAAACUUCCUGGAACCAGAAUGGCAGAGCUGAAAGCCAAGUACACCUUGCUACACGACACAGUGGUGAGCACACAGGAGUCCGAGCUGCAGCUGCUGGAGAAUGCCAAGCACUACACGGAGCAGAUCCAGGAGCAGCUGGUUCGCCUGCAGGAAGCUGACGACUUCCCCGACGUGGUCUCCACCGAGGUCUCUAAGCUGCGGGAGCAACUGCUCAAGUACCAAAACGAAUACAACGCGGCGCAAGAAAGGGAGUACCACACUCAGUACAGAUUGAACAGCCUAUGGGAAGAAAAGGCUCUCAUAUUAAGGGAAUUUGAGAAGAUACCCAAGCCAGGAGAAAUGGAGAAGAAGAUGAAACUGCUGCGAGAAAGCACUGAAGAGCUACGCAAGGAAGUGAUGCAGAAGAGACUAGAAAUCAAAAACCUGCGAGAAGACGUGGCAGCUAAGCAGAAGCAAUUACUGAAGGAGCAGAAGGAGCUAGACGAUAUGAUGGAAUACCAGGUUGGCCUAAAGGACGAGGUGGUCCAGCAUCAAACUGUUCCUGUGCAGAUUGCAAAGGAGAUAGAAAAAAUGACACGCAAAAAAAUAGAGAUGGAAAAGAAAAACAGCACCUUGGAACAGGAAGUCAAAGAGCUAAAUGAAUCUUUAAAGAAGAUUGAAAACAAAGCCAAUGCUGUCGUGGAAGAGAAGGACGACCUAAUGAAGGAAGUGGAGGGCAAGCGGACCUUACUCGAAGUCAGAGAACGGGAAUAUAGCCAACUGCUUAAGCUGCUGGAAUUAACCAAAGAGAGUGAAGCUUCCUCGCUAGCUGAAAGAGGAAUCUUGGAUAUCAAUCUACGGAACUGCCUCCUUGACAAGCAGAACUACCAUGAUGAGCUUUCUCGUAAGCAGAGAGAGAAAGAGCGAGAUAUCCGGAAUCUGAAGAAGACGGAGCAGCUCCUGAAAGUGUCCUUGGAGGCACUCACUCAGACACAAGCGAUGAAUCAAAGGCUUCUCCUGGAGAUUGAAGCUAUCCCUAAAGACCUCCUUUCAUUACCCGAGCAAAGGAGAGAGCUCCAAAAGGAAGUCGAGCUCGCUAAGAGGAAUCUGAUGCAGCAGAGAUCCAUAUCAGAGGCCAAGACGAAGCUGGUAGAGCAGCAGAUUGCCGAGGAAAACAAGCUCUUGAAGGAGCAAGACCAUUUGAAGGAUGUGGUACUCAGCCUUGCGCGGAUGACUCAAAUCAAACUUGAGGAAAAGGAACAAAAGUCUAAGGAUUUCCUGAAAGCUCAGAAUAAAUAUUCCACAGUCCUUAAGGAAAUCAGGUCAAGGGAUCUUGAAAUCAAGAUAUAUAAGAAGAGAAAACGUGAAGUUCAUCGGAGACUCAAAGAAUUUGCCAAAUUGUAUGACACAAUUAGAAAUGAAAGAAAUAAGUUUGUUAACCUACUUCACAAAGCUCAUCAGAAAGUAAACGAGAUAAGAGAAAGGCACAAAAUGUCAUUAAAUGAGCUGGAAAUUUUAAGAAACAGUACUGUCUCUCAAGAAAGAAAGCUGCAAAACUCCAUGCUGAAGCAUGCCAACAAUGUGACCAUCAGGGAGAGCAUGCAAAACGAAGUGUGCAAAAUCACUUCGAGACUCCAGGAAAUGAAGGAGAAGAAGGAGGCGCAGCUGAACAGCAUGGACAGGCUGGCCAGCAUGAUCACCAUCAUUGAGGAGGAGAUGGUGCAGCUGCGCAAGAAGUACGAGAAGGCCAUCCAACGGCGAAAUGAAAGUGGUGUUCAGCUGAUAGAGCGGGAAGAAGAGGUUUGCAUCUUUUACGAAAAAAUAAAUAUCCAAGGGAAGAUGCAGCUCCAUGGGGACAUUGAAAUCCGUGUACUGGAAGAAAAAAUCCGAUUCCUAAAACUGAAGAUCUCUGAGAAGCAACGGCAGAUUUGUGUGACACAGAAAUUAUUGCCAACCAAGGCGGCCCUGGAUGCUGACCUGGCUGUGCUCCAGAUCCAGUUUGCACAGUGUUCAGAUAGAAUAAAAGACCUGGAGAAACGCUUCCUAGACCCUGCCGAUAAGAAAAGGACCCGCUACAUUAAGGGAAAAGAUCUGACUGAAGAAGAAAUGCUCAAGAAAUUAGAUAUGCUGGAACUUCAGCUGGCCAAGAAGGAGGAGAAGUUACUGGAGAAGGAUUUCAUCUACGAGCAGGUGUCCCAGCUCACAAACAAGCUCAAAGGCAAGACCCGGACGUGCAAGGAGGACACGCUGCUCUUAGCCAAGAAGAUGAAUGGCUACCAAAGAAGGAUCAAAAAUGCUACUGAGAAAAUGAUGGCUCUUGUUGCUGAGCUGUCCAUGAAACAAGCCCUGACCAUUGAACUCCAGAAGGAGGUGAGGGAGAAGGAGGAAUUCAUCUACUCCUGCAAUUCCAGGAUAGAAAGGGGCCUGCCACUCAAAAGAGAGAUUGAAAAGGUCUGGAUGAAGGUCCUUCGAGAUGAAGAAAUGUACGCCUGUGCCACCGCUGAGAAGUCUCGGGAGUACGUGGAAACAGAUUAUCGGCAGCUGCCCAACGGGGUCUUCACCACCGCAGAGCAGCGUCCAAACGCCUACAUGCCCGAUGCAGAAACCUCGCUUCCUCUGCCCAAACCAUAUGGCGCCAUGGCUCCGUUUAAGCCCACCGAACCUGGAUCCAACAUGAGGCACAUAAGGAAGCCUGUUGUCAAGCCUAUUGAAAUCUAAACGUGUGGACCAGUCCAGGCUUCCCAACGCGAGGACUUCAGCCAGCCUCCGCACCACGAACGGGCACUGCUGAUCAGCUAGGGGCAGUCAACAGAGUGGGGCAUGGUUUCUUACAUCCACCAACUAUGACAUGUUACAAGACACUGA